GCCAUGGGUGACGAUUACCAAUCUGAAGUUAUAUCAAGGAUAGAAAAUAUCACAGAGCAGGAUGAUAAAAAUUUAGCAGGAGCCACAAAAGAAAUAAGGAAUGAAUUAACGGUUAUAAUACCCGAAAACCCCUUCCCUGACAUCGAAGUAGACGCGUAUCCACCGUUAAAAUUCUCGUGGGUUAUACCGAAAAAGAUUGCAGCCAUGGCGUUUCCCAGGAAUAAAGAGAAUUUGAAGUUUUUAAUUAAUCAAGGUAUUACGCAUUUGGUGACUCUGACAGCUGGUAAAAAGCCUCCAGUUGAUGAUAUGCCGAGGUUGAGAUGGACAGAAAUUCCCGUAGAAGAAUUCGAGGUGCCCAACGUAGAUCAAAUCAAACAAUUUAUAGAAGUCUGCAAGAGAGCCGACAAAAAUGGAGAGGUGAUGGGCAUCCACUGUCGCCAAGGAAGGAGUAGGUCUGGCGUGAUGCUGGCGUGCUACCUCAUACACUUCCACCGGUUCGAGCCAGACCAAGCCAUGAACUCCAUCAGAAUGAUCAGGCCAGGGUCUUUGGACGCUGAGGAACACGAGGAGGCUGUAGGCCGGUACUUUGAAUACUUGACGGAGGACAACCCCCUCAGGUUCGGAGUAAGCUGUGACGUCAUGGAGGAAUUCAUACAAGCCGCCAAGGAAAGCACUAAGAAAGUUCUUGAUUAAUAAUACUGUGAUCUGUUUUGUUAUGUACCUGACA